AUGUCUUCCCAAAGGCUGGACUCCCUCUUUCUGAAAAGUAGGAGACUACAAUUUAUUGAGAACAAUGGAAGAUCACCGGAACAAGCCUCUAGGCUGGCCAUUAGGUCUAAGUCGGUAACCCAUGGGUUUAAAGACCUCAGGGCUAUGCCAGGAAGCAGACAGGAUCUGGGUGAUCAGCAGCAUAGCCUGGCAGAGCUGCCUAGAACUUCUCAUGGCAAGAGGAAACCGGACCGACUCCCGCACCUUACGAGCUGUGCUAGCAAGGGCCUUGCCCCUGACCCUAAAUUAAACUUGUCUAUAAUCUCCAAAAGGGUCUUUCAGGCCAAUGCUGCUGAAGGCCCAGAACACAGGCAGACGUUGGUUGGACCCACUGGCUUGCUCAAGAACAGCCCUGACACAACAGCAGGGGAGGCCCAGGGGAAAAGGAGGACAAUGGAGCUGCUUAGUAAGGCUAGAAAGCAAACAGAAAAAGCCUCCGUCCUACUAGACAUCAGACAGUUGCAGAAGCAAGAGGUGGUUAUGAACACCGAACACCCAAGCAAGAAACACCAGCAACCGCAACCAAAGAUCCUGGAGGAGCUGAGGAGGGGCCGUCUGGGAGGAGGAGACAACUCAGGACUCACACACUCACAAGGACCUUUUAGGUACUGCGGAUGUCUUGCUCUAGAAGAGAACACCUUUCUGCAGGGCAAGAAGAUCAAGCCUUAUUCUCGAUAUUCAGUCCAGAUAGCGUGCCCCCUAUUAGUUGGAGAGCAGCGGGCUGGAGAGGAGCCGAAGCCAGUGCCUUCAGACCGUGACGAAGCAGAAGCCGUGAAAGCCUCCAAAGGCAGAAAAACACAGACUCAAUUAUUGGAAAAUGUUUUUCUGCAGGGGAAAGCAAAGGUUAUGGGGCAAAAUCUGCUGGCAGAAGCCAAGUCCCAGCUCCUAAAGAGGAAAAGGAUGCAGGCCGUGGAGAUGUUGGCCAAAACUCAUCAUCAUAGAGGAUUCUGCAUAGCAAACAGCAGAGAGGAUGGACAACUGUCUUCUCAGGACAUCAAACAGGGCGCUUUGGAAAGAAACACCAUGAAGCCCAGGUGGUGGCCAAGGGUGGAAGCCUGGGACCACAUGGUCCAGGGAACCCCAGUUGUUCUUGCAGUUCGGGAUCAUACUUCCCUCACACAGGGAUCAAAAGAUCAGAGUGCUCCCAAGUCCAGGCUGAGCUUACUUAGCAAAUCAAGUAUUACCUAUUCAUAAGAGCCAUGCAACCUAUGAUGCAUGUAUGGGUACCUAUGUAUGGGUAGAUGUGAAUGUUUA